AUGGCGCGGCUCGUGCGCGCCGCUCUCAUGCGCGGCGGCACCUCCAAAGGCGUCGUCUUCCGAGCUGCCGACCUCCCUCCGGCUGGUGCCGCUCGCGACGCGGUCAUCGUUGCCGCGCUUGGCCCCGACUCGACGGGUCUCGCCAUCGACGGCGUCGGCGGCGGCGUCACAAGCACGCUCAAAGCGGCCGUCGUGGCGCCGCCGUCAAAGCCCGGCUUUGCCGCCGACUACCACUUUGCUCAGGUCUCACGUGGCGGCGGCAUCGAUUGGCGCUCCAACUGCGCCAACUUCGCGUCGGCGGCUGCACUCGUCGCUGCGGACGACGGCAUGGCGCUGCGCGAGGCGGACGGCGGGCGCUCGGCGGUCGUCCGCCUCUGGGCAAGCGGCGCAGGAGAGGCCAUGUCGGUGACGCUCCCUGCGACCGACGCGCCGCCCGUCGCGAUCGCGGGCGCGCCGCCGCUGCGGGUCGAGUUUGAGCUUGGCGGGCACGCGCUGCUGCCGACAGGGCGGCCGGAGGAGGAGGGGCUGAGGCUGGGAGACCGACCGCUCCGUGCGACGAUCGUCGACGUGGCCGGGAACCCGCAGGCGGGCUGA